AUGGCGUCCAACGAUCCGCAAAAAAGGGCGAAUUUUCUACGGUUUUCUACUCUUUUGGUGGACAAGGGAACUGAAGCCUUAAGAAUGUGUUUUGAUGCCAUACUUCCUCCAGCCAACCUGCGUGCAGUUCUUAAUGCCAAUAAAGAAUUACUUCAAGCGUCGAGUCUUACUCGGCAAAUGGAUUUACUGUUUCCUCCGUCUGGCAACCGAACAGACUCGAAAACGUUUGAUAUCAAAUUACUUAGCUUUCUUUUACGGAACAUUUGUGCAUCUUUAUCCCCUCCAGCGUUAGGAUGGGAUACGGAGCCUCUGGCUACAGAUUGUAUAGUAAAGAAGCAGAUAUCGUAA